AUGGCUCCUGCGGGCUUAGGGGGCUCGCGUGUCACGCGACCACGUUCUACUGCUUCGGCUGCAGCGCCCAAGAAGGCCUUAAAGCAGCACACAAGUGCAGCAGCAGCAGCAGCAGGAGCAGCAGAAACUACGCAAGCGGCAGAUUUGCUCUUGGGGCCCCUGGAGGAAGAGGUUGGCUUAGAUCCGUGGCUUCCUCACCGCUUCCCCUUCGACUGCUGCCCAUUGGAGUAUUUGGAGGCGGCGCGGGGGGAGUCUCCUGAGGGCCCGGAGGGGGGUGUUGGCAGCGCCUCCGCGUAUUCUACGCGCAAGCUCAGCAGCAGAGUGGGGAAUGAGGGCCUCUACGUUCUUCAGCUGUGUUGCCUUCCUGCAGCGGCGUUGGAGUGCUUGUCGCAACACCUGCAGCAGGAGCAGCAGCAGCACGGCUCGGUGUUUCCUGCUGCAGCGUCGAGUGCAGUGUAUGUACACCCAGUGUCGCUGAAGGUUCAUUUGCUGCGACCUGAGAGGCCCCUUCCGUUUCUCGAUGUUCUGGUGGUGGGAGCUCCCUUUCGGGAGGGCCCCAGGGGGGUCUUUGAGCAGCAGCAGCUGGCGACAGCUAUCCAGGGGGCCCCUAAUCUCUCGGCGUUGGUUAUCCGGGGGGAUGGUCGGUGGCUGCAGCGGCUUGCUGCUGCCUGCAGUAAGAGCAAAAGCCUCUCCCGGCUUAUUAUUGAGGACGUUAGAGGCGCAUGCCGGUCGGCUAAAAGCAGCGCCAGCAGCAGCAGCGCCAGCACCAGCAGCGCCAGCAGCGCGUCUGCGGUUGUUGGACUGUACGUGAAGACAGUGGCUGCCAUGGCGAACAGCAGGAGCGUCUGCCUGCGAGGCUGCGAAUUAGGACUGGGGGGCCUGACUGUGCUCGUGCAGCAGUUGCACAAGCAUGCGGCGUUGCUUCGUCGCCUCAGGGAGCUGGAUCUCUCUUUCAACGGCAUCCCCGAAGAAGGGGGGUCUGUUCUGGCAGACUUCCUCUUCAAGGGGAAGGUGGCGCCUCUUUUGCAGCAGCUCAGACUCGGAGGCAACAGUUGGGGGCCCCGUGCACUUGAGGGUCGGCUGAAGGCUUGGAGCCUCAAGGAGCUCGCGCUGGGGGGGGCCCAGGGGUUAGGGCCCCCCCCCCUGCAGGGGGCGGGUUCGGAGUCGUUGGGGGCCCUUUGGCUGGCCUCUUCGGAUGUCUCAGUCAGGGUGUUGCGGCGACUGCUUCUGCAGCAGACGGCUGCAGGCUCCCUCCUCUACUUAGACCUCUCUUGCUGCGGCAAGUCGCUCACCGAGGCAGACGUCGCGGUGCUGUUGGAGGCGCUGUACGGCGGCGGCAGCAGCAGCAUCGCCGUCCAAAGCAGCGGCGGCAGCGGCGGCACAAGCAGGAACAAGAGAACGAAGCGCGGCAGCGCCGCAGCCACGAGAGACACCGUGCGCUCCCCAGGGCCCCCCCUCCGCAGUCUGAACUUAUCCAGUAACGGCUUCGGGCCCGCAGUGAUGCCGUCCAUUGGCGAGGCGUUGACAUCCCCUCGCUGUCGCCUUAAAGCCUUAGACCUCAGCGGCAACCCCUGCGGCGCGCAAACGGCUGCACUCGAAGAAGGGGCUCUCCCGCUGCAGCCACUCGUGGAUGCCUUGCAGGGGGUCGAAAGCCGCAGCCCUUGCUCUCUUGAGUGCCUCUUCCUGAAGGACUGCAGCAUUGCUGCCUUGGAUCAGCUCGAGCUUGCUUCUGCGUUGCUGCUCAAUCAGGGGCGGCUCAAGCUGCUGGAUAUUCGAGGGAAUGGCAGGUGUGCCACAGGUGUGGCCGCAAAGGAGGAUGGAAGUGCCGCUGCGGCUGCACAGGGCAGAAGCAAACGGGCUCGUGGCAGCAGCAGCAGCAGUAGCAGCAGCGCUACCACCAGCAGUGCUGGCAGCAGCAGCAGCAAGGAAAUGAGUGAUGACGAGGAAGCCGCAGAGCAGCUUCACUCCGGUGGAAACGCUAACGGCAGGCGUAAUGGACGCCUGCGAUCCUCCCGCAGGGGUGCACGGACAGCCGCUACGUCUACGAGGAGAGCGGCGACAGCAGCGGAAGACAGCUUUUCUGCGGGGCCCCUUCCGGAGUGUCGUCAGAAGGGGAGGAGCCUCGGAUGUCGCCGGGGGGGGGGGCCCCCCCCCCGGACAGGAGCCGCGAGGCCCCCUGCGGAUGAGCUGAGUCUGGGCAGUGGGGAAACGUCUUUGCUUUCCGAUAUCACUGACAGCAACGACAGCUACAGCGAUAGCAGCUCUUUCGACGAGGCAGCAUGCAGCGCGGGAAGUUCAGAAGCGGAAGGCUCCCGGGAACAGCCCCAUCCUCGAGAGAGCGGCAGCACCAGCGAUGCCACAGCGCAAGACGCAGCCAUGGCUUCCGCCACCGAAGAGGCCUCAAGCUCGAGUGACGACUCGGAGUAUCGGGAGCCCUCGUCUUCGAGGGCUUCCGCGUCUCCAGCUGCAGAGGGAGCGUUCAGGGGAGGAGCGCCCACGGGGAAGGCGCUGGCUGCACUCGAGGGGCUCUCGUCUUCUUCGGACGCGGAGGCGACGGCAGUCAGAGGAGGCAAGAGGAAGGGGGGCCCCCAAGAGGGCCCUCCCAAUCGUCGGCGGCGCCAGGGCCCUCCCAGGGCCCCCCCCCCGCAGGCAGAGGAGGCGGUGGAAGCGUCGGGGGCCCCUUCAAAGGCCGCCAUCUCCACGGAAUCCGCCAAAAACGGGGCGCUCGCUGCUGCAGCGGCUGGCGCAUUCUGCCAGGGGGGCCCCUCCCAGGGGCCCAUAUCGGUUGUGGCGGAGGCUGGAAGGAUUGGCGCUGGUCGAGAUAGGCGGGGUUCCGCGCGGGGGCUUGGGCUUCCUCAGCCAGGGGGAGCUUCUCUCUCGCCCCUUCGUGCAGUGAAGGCGCUCGCACCGUCCUUGACCCUUCCGUACCCUGUAGGAGGGGGCCCCUUCCAAAUAUAUUUCGGCAUGCGAAGAGGCAGUCCCUCCUCUUCUUCUGCGCCGCCGCUGCCUCCGCUGCCUUCGGAUCCGGAAACUCAACAGCACAUCAAGCAGGCUCUGGAGGAGUUGGGGUAUAGCUUGCUGCGUUCCUUCGUGGGUAGAGAGUCUCAUCGGUUUAUCUGCUGCUCUCCGCUGUUUCCCCUGCUGAGGGGCCCCCCGCAAUGCGUGCUGUUAGGUUUGAAGCUGCUGUACUUCUCCGGGCUUUCCGAACUGUCCAUGGCAGACCUUUCAAUGCUGCAGCAGCUGCAGCAGAGUAGCAGCACCAGUCCGAUGCUGCGACUCCUGCUUUCGCUGCUCCUGGAAGAGUUCCCUCUCAGCAACCCCACGUACAAGUAUGCAGCCACGGGGGCCCUCGACACUGUCGACCUCCUCUGCCUUCCAGGGGUGCUGCUCUAUGAUGGGGGCCCCAACUGUCCAGCCACGUCUGCGGCAGAGUUUCGCGUCCUGUGGGAGCGCAAACACAACGGCAGCUGCAGCAUAAACAGCGGCAGGACUGCGGCGGCGACGUCUGCGGGGCCCUCCACGACAGCGCCUUCCAGUCUUAAGCGGGAUGGGGGGCUCAAGGGGCCCCCCGCCAACUCGGUUUUUGACCUCCUGCCUCCUGCAGUUUCUUGCAGGAGGCCCCCUGUAAGUUACAGGGGGGAGGCCCCCGCAGCAGCGGCAGCCACAACAAGAGCCGCGCACGACCCCCCCUUCUGCUCCCCCCAGACAGACUCCGCAAGGCGUUCGUCUUCGAGUCAACAGCCGAAGGAUGUGGGGGGCCACACGGGGGCCCCCCUGUUUGCUACGCCCGCUCCCCUGAACCGCAUGAAGAGGCCCCCUCCCAGCGUCAUAGGGGGCCUUCCUUUUGGGGCUUCCUGCGGAUCUUUGGACCCGGAGGCCCUAGGCGCCUGCGCCGAAGGCGGUGGGGCCCCCGCCGUAGGGGGGGGCCCCUCCAUGCGGGGCUUCUCGGUGGAUGCGGAAGGUGAAGGGAGCGACGGGACGCCCAGCCGGCUCACAGUGUCGCCCGGCGAUUCGCGGGCCCCCCCCUUGGUGGGGCCCCCCUCGGCGUUCUCCUCCGUUUCGUCUUGCAGCGCAUUUCCUUCUCAGCAGCCGCAGGAGCAGCUCGUGUACUGCUGGGAAGACGCGGACUGGCUGCGAGCCGUAGAAAGGUGCUUGGGGGGCUUCGAGCUGCAGGGGGCCUCCUGCAGCAGCAGAGGCAGUCAGGGCGGCCCUUGUUGCUGCCGCGAGGUUUUAGUCGUCGACGUGCAGACGGAUGGGGCCCUCCGACGGCGGGUAUCCGAGGCCCAACAGAUGGUUCUCUGUGACUCUGUGGGUAUCCCCUGCCGGCUCAUGCGCGGUUCCCCAGGAUCUGCGGGGGCCGCUGAAUUCGUCUACAAUGUCGUUGUUGUUGGAUCUGGCCAGGAAGCUGAGCUAGAGCAUCUGAUUCCGAUUGUGUGGGGGGACGGCUCCGAGUCCACCGAGGGAGGAGCGUUCGCUGAAGGGGCUAGCGUUCCACCUUUUCUGCAGCUGAACCCCCCUGUAGUCAGCUGCUCGCCGUGCAGUGGCGUUGCGUGCUGCAGCUCGUGUGCGCCUCCCAAGCCCUGUGGAUCCACACGCUGUAUACACCUCGGGGAUCAGGAGCAGCAGCAGCAGCAGCAGCAGCAGCAACAGCGGCAGAAGCUUGCCGCCGAGAGGGAUCUCGACCGCUUCCUGCUGCAGUGCGCUAAAAACGACACUAAACCGAGGCGUCUCCUCUGGCCCCUGGCAAGCGGCAGUGGGGUUGGCGUGGAUCUAGAUCUGGAUUUCUUCUUUCUUUUCCACGAGAAACUGGGGAAGGGCAAUUUCGGCGAAGUUUGGCGAGUCUCGCUAAAGCCGCAGGCCAUACAAGCAGCGAACAACAACCCUCACCACACGCGCAGCACUGCGAGCAGCAGCUGCAACCGCAGUACCCUCAAGGGACUGGAGGGCGAUGACUGCAGUGCAGCUCAGCACCUGCCGCAGUAUGCGCUCAAACUGGUGCCCAGAAGGUACAUUUCGAGAUCCGUAGAUCUACCCCAUAUAGUAGUAUCCGAUUUGUUAUUAAAGGAGCCCUCUUGA